AUGAUGGUUAUUGUCUUCUUUGCUCUGUUGCUUGCAUCAGGUGGAUUUCCGCCUGCACAUACCUCAUGUCCUUUUCGGUGCAGCUGCCUCUAUCACAACCUGAGUGAUGGAUCCAAGGCCAGGAGUGUGAUUUGUAACAAUCCUGAGAUAUCCCUAGUUCCUGCCAACUUCCCCAGUGACACAUCCAAACUCAGAAUAGAAAAAACAGCUAUAAAGAGGAUCCCCAGUGAAGCAUUUAAAUACCUCCCCAAUCUGGAGUUUUUGUGGAUGUCCUUCAAUGCAUUGUCAUCAGUGAACGUGGACAGCUUCCGUGGACUGAACAGUCUGGAAGAGCUCAGGCUUGAUGGAAAUUUCCUUACUGCUUUUCCUUGGGAGUCCUUAAAGUAUACGCCUAACAUAAAGCUCCUUGACCUGCACAAUAACAAACUCUCUUCAGUCCCUACAGAGGCAGCAAAGUACAUAAGACCUUUAACAUACCUGGAUCUCUCCAGCAAUAACCUGCUGACGAUGCCGUCUGAAGUCCUUACUACUUGGAUGGCAGUUAAACCCAUCCAAGGAGCAGAGAGUUCAAAAAUUAUUCUUGGACUCCAUGACAAUCCUUGGCUUUGUGACUGUCGGUUGUAUGACCUUGCCCAGUUCCAAAAGACUCCAUCACUGUCUGUGGCCUUCAUUGACACUAGCCUGAGGUGUGCUGCUCCUGAGAGUCUCUCAGGAGUUCUGUUCAGUAAUGCUGACCUGAGACGAUGCCAGGAGCCCAAGGUUCAUUCAGCUGUAUCCCGCAUCAGGAGCACAGCAGGCAACAAUGUGUUACUGCGAUGUGGUGCUGUUGGUGUCCCCAUGCCCAAUCUGACAUGGAGAAGGGCAGAUGGGAAAACAUUGAAUGGUACAGUUAAACAAGAGAACUCUAAGGAUGGAAUUGUUUGGUCUAUUCUAAAUGUGCCUGCGGUCUCCUUCCAUGACUCUGGGAAAUACAUUUGCAAAGCAAGCAACUAUGCUGGGAGUGCAGAGGCUUUGAUUGUUUUAAUCAUAAGCAAGUCUCCAAAGUUAGACAGUGCAGCUGGAACUGAAAAGAAAAUGAAAGAAGACAUACAAAACCCUGUUGAAAAAGAUAAAAUUAUUAUCAAAUAUAUUUCCCCAAGUCCAUCCUCUGUUCCUGUAACUACAAGACCUAGGGGUUACACUGGUCCCUAUCCUGGCAUGCAGAGUGACAGUGCUCCAGAGAUUGGGACAAAUGCACAACCAACUAGUCCUGAUCGACUGUUAGAGACCAAUCUGAGCAACCUCGCAGCUAAUGCAUCCUCUCUGCAGCAAGACUUUGACAGGAUUGUUCGCUCUGUCAAAGUGAUUGGUGAUACAGACUAUACCGUGUGCCUAAUGUGGAGAGCUCCAAAAGCCAAUAACACGACUGCCUUUAGUGUGCUGUAUGCAGUAUUUGGAGAGAGGGACAUGCGCAGAAUCAAUGUCAGUCCUGGGAACAAUCGAAUCAUCAUUGAGGGCUUGGUUCCAAAAACCAAAUACAUUGCCUGUGUGUGUGUAAAGGGUUUGAUCCCUAAAAAAGAGCAGUGUGUAAUCUUCUCCACAGAUGCAGCAGCAAGUGCUAAUGGGACCCAAAAGCUUAUUAAUGUAGUUGUAAUAUCUGUUGCCUGUGUGAUAGCUGUGCCUCUUACUGUGGUUGUCUGUUGUGGAGCACUUAAGAGGAAAAUCCAAAAACUUCUGAGCAAAAAGUCCAAAGACAUUCAGGAUUCAUAUGUAACAUUUGAGAGUCUCUCCCCCAGCACAAAGGCCAAAGGCCUGGAGGGGGACUAUCUGUCCAAACUCAACCCAGAGGAGUCCAAUAGAUUGAUAUCAGCUAGGUCUAGCCUGGACUCUGAGUCAAUUACUAAGACUGAAGAACAGCCAAAUGAUUACUUGUGCUGA